AUGCUGAGACUGAUCAAAGAUGGUGAAGCUGAUUCAAAAGAGAAAUUUCUUAGCUUAUAUCAGUCUCUCGGUGAGCAUUACAACGAUCUGAACCAGGAACUCCUCAACGGCCUCCUCAAUAUCGAUUUGAAACUAUCAUUUGCCGACCACAACGAUGCCUCUUCUUCCCUUGUAACUCCAAUGGCGGAUUUGAGCUCCUUUAACUCUGAUGUUUCUCCUUCUCUGGAGUCAAGAUCUUGUAACUCAACAGAGAGGAACACCAGUAGUAGAGAGAGGGUGCCGAGUUUGAAACAAAAGUGUGAGGUUGAGAAGAACGAAUCUGCGUAUCUACUUGCUGAUAUCUUUAGCGGCGAGCUUGAAACCGCACUUCAAGAAUUGGAAGCUGAGAAAAGACGUGUGGUUGAGUUAGAGAGGAAGCUAUCGGAUUCAACUUGCAAGAUUGAGAAUUUAGAGAGUGAGCUCGAGGAGUGUAAAGAGUGUUUAGCUGUUUCGGAAAUCGAGGCUUCGAAGCUGAGUGAAAUGCUGAGUGAAUGCAGAGCCGAGAAAGCGAAACUGCAGAAAGAUAAUGGCGAUGACUUGUUAGAUAGUCUAAGAGCAGAGUUGAGAUUAAGAGAGAUCCAAAUCGAGCAAAUGGAGGAGUAUUUGAACCAGGUUUGUGUCAAAGACACUGACCUUGUGUCUGAAUCAGGAACUGACAAGUAUGUCUCUGAUAGAGUUGAAGAGCUGGAGAAACAAGUGGAGUUGCAGAGAAAUGUGAUAUCAGAAAGAGAGGAAGAGAAAAGAGAAGCUAUAAGAGAGCUCUGUUUCUCUCUUGAUCAUUAUAAGAGCAGAUACACAGAACUUGUAAGAUCACUAUCAGGUAAUAAUAAUUAG